CCCACGAACCCUUCGUCUCCCAUCCAGAUCAAACGCUAGGGUUUCGCCUCCUCCUCCUCCUCCUCCUCGAGCAGAGGAGAGCGGCGAUGAAGCUCGCGGGGCUCAAGUCGGUGGACGGGGCCCACGAGGACUCCAUCUGGGCGGCGGCGUGGGUGCCCGCGGCGGACCACCGCCCCGCGGCGCUGCUCCUGACGGGGGCGCUCGACGAGACCGUCCGCCUGUGGCGCCCCGACGACCUCGCCUCCGCCGCCGCCCCGGCCCGGGGCCACGCGCUCGGGGUCGUCUCGCUCGCCGCGCACCCUGCGGGCGCCGUCGCCGCCGCCGUCUCCCUCGACAGCUACGUCCGCGUCUUCGAUGUGGAUUCCGGCGCCUCCGUCGCCACGCUCGAGGCCCCGCCCUCCGAGGUUUGGGGCAUCCAGUUCCACCCCAAGGGUAAUGCUCUGGCUGCAGCUGGUGGUGGGAGUGGGUCAGUGAAGCUCUGGGACACAGAGAAGUGGAAGCCAAUAACCAGCCUUUCUGUUCCACGUCCAGAGGGAGCUCGUCCUGAUAAAACAGGGAGCAGCAAGUUUGUCCUUUCAGUGGCUUGGAGUCCUGAUGGCAAGCUCUUGGCUUGUGGUUCCAUGGAUGGUACCAUUGCUGUGUACGACGCGGUUCGGAUGAAGUUCCUCCACCACCUUGAGGGCCAUCACAUGGCAGUGAGAUCGAUGGUAUUCUCUCCAGUGGACCCACACGUGCUCUUCACCGCCUGCGAUGAUUGCCACAUCCACAUAUACGAUGCCAAGGAGAAGAGCCUCAUUGGGGCCAUGUCAGGGCAUGCGAGCUGGGUGCUGAGCAUCGAUGUGAGCCCAGACGGCAUGGCAGUAGCCACGGGCUCCAGUGACCGCACAGUCCGUCUUUGGGACAUCAACACAAGGGCAUCGGUGCAGACGAUGAGCAACCACAACGAUCAGGUCUGGGCCGUGGCCUUCCGGCCACCGGGUGGGACAGGAGUGCGCGCAGGACGGCUGGCCAGCGUCUCUGAUGACAAGAGCAUCACCCUGUACGAUUACUCAUAGUUUACCCUGCAACGCUUCAAUGUAGUCAGCUGUUCCCUACCAGUGAUUUCAUUUGGUACACUGAAGGUUGGAGAAAAACUUGACCUUGUUGUACAAUCCUAAUUGAGCUCAUGAGUUGCAAGUAGAGUGCGUUUGAUUCCAGUAU